GCCUUCUUCCAGCAUGGAUUGAAAACGGAACGGAACGCAAAACCCACCCCUAAAAACCGUGUGCGGGCGCACAGUAUAGCAUUACAGAAAAAUCAAUUCCAACGGCAAACCAGCACUGGCAGCACUCGACACCUAGUGGACUAGCGUAUUUCACCCUGCCCACGACGGCACACGUGUACCGCCGAGUGUGUGUGUGUGUGUGUCUGUGCGUGUGUGUGUAUCCGUGUACGCGUGCAUGUGUUAACAUCACACCUCCAACAACAACAACAACAACACAAUUGGCCACUUAGAACAGUGCUUUAGAGCAAGGCACUUUUUCCACAUCGGCCAAAAAGUUGGCCAAAUUUUCAUCUCCUCUAUAUAAACCCGAUUGCAAGGCCUAGGGCCUCUCGCCGUCAUGUCGUCCGUGAAAGUGGCGGUCCGAGUGCGACCCUUCAACUCGCGGGAAAUUGCCCGGGAAUCAAAAUGUAUCAUCGAAAUGGCCGGCAACACGACCUGCAUCACAAACCCGAAAGUUCCGCCCGGUUCGAGCGAAUCGGUCAAACGCUUCAACUACGAUUACUCCUACUGGUCACACGACCCGCGCGAUCUGGAAUUCUCGACACAAGCCAUGGUAUACUCCGACAUAGGAGAGGAAAUGUUGCAACACUCAUUCGACGGAUACAACGUUUGCAUCUUCGCCUACGGACAAACGGGCGCCGGUAAAUCGUACACCAUGAUGGGCAAACAGGAAGACGGCCAGGAGGGCGUGAUACCGAUGAUCUGCAAGGAUCUGUUCCGUCGAAUACAGGAAACCGAGAGCGACGAUCUAAAGUACUCGGUCGAGGUGUCGUACAUGGAGAUUUACUGCGAGCGUGUGCGAGAUCUGCUAAAUCCGAAGAACAAGGGCAAUCUGAAGGUGCGCGAACACCCGCUGCUUGGCCCGUACGUGGAGGAUCUGUCCAAGCUGGCCGUCACCUCCUACCAGGACAUUCACGACUUGAUCGACGAAGGCAACAAAGCACGUACUGUGGCCGCAACCAAUAUGAACGAAACGAGCUCAAGAUCACACGCUGUGUUUACGAUUUUCUUCACCCAAAAGCGUCAGGACCGCAUGACCAGCCUGGAAACAGAGAAGGUUUCGAAAAUUAGUCUGGUCGAUUUGGCCGGCUCCGAGCGCGCUGAUUCGACAGGCGCCAAGGGAACCCGGCUGAAGGAGGGAGCCAACAUCAACAAGAGUCUCACCACGCUGGGCAAGGUUAUAUCGGCUCUGGCAGAAAUUGCAUCUAAGAAUAAAAAAUCAAAGAAAGCUGACUUCAUUCCAUACCGCGAUUCCGUACUGACAUGGUUGUUAAGAGAGAACCUUGGCGGUAACUCAAAAACGGCCAUGAUCGCUGCGAUAUCGCCGGCCGAUAUCAACUACGACGAAACACUCAGCACACUGAGAUAUGCCGAUCGUGCGAAGCAGAUUGUCUGCAAAGCUGUCGUCAACGAGGACGCGAACGCGAAACUUAUUCGCGAACUCAAGGAAGAGAUACAGAAGCUGCGCGAGCUACUCAAAGCCGAGGGCAUUGAGGUGCAGGAAGGACCGGACGGUAAAGUGGUUUGUGAAAAGCGAGAUGCUAAUAAGGACGAAUGUCUCAUCAAGUCGGACAAAAUCGAGUCAGUUGGUGGUGUGGUCAUCACCGAGGAAGGUGAAGAUGGCGAGAAGAAGAUACACUCGCCUAACCGUAAUCGCAAACGUACCGGUUCGAGUACGGAAAUGGCGGUCGAUCAGCUGCAGGCAAGUGAAAAACUGAUUGCCGAACUGAAUGAAACGUGGGAGGAAAAGUUAAAGCGAACGGAACAAAUCCGUGUGCAACGGGAAGCCGUUUUCGCGGAGAUGGGCGUGGCAGUGAAAGAGGAUGGCAUCACGGUUGGUGUUUUCUCACCGAAGAAAUCGCCUCAUCUGGUGAAUCUCAACGAAGACCCCACGCUGUCCGAAUGCUUGCUGUACUACAUUAAAGACGGACUGACCCGUCUCGGUACGUCGGAAGCAAACGUACCGCAGGAUAUUCAGCUGUCCGGUUCACACAUCCUAAAGGAGCACUGCGUGUUCGAGAAUAAGGAUGGCGUAGUCACGCUGGUGCCGCACAAGGACGCGCUAGUAUACGUGAACGGGCGGAAAGUAAUCGAACCGGAGGUACUGCAAACCGGUUCGCGCGUCAUCCUGGGACGCAAUCACGUGUUCCGGUUCACGCAUCCCGAGCAGGCGCGUGAGAAGCGCGAGAAAAACAAGGAAGUUGAUGUGUGCGAAACGCCUGGCAACAGUGGCGAGAUUGCGGAUUGGAACUUUGCGCAGUGCGAGUUGCUUGAAAAGCAGGGCAUUGAUUUGAAGGCGGAAAUGGAAAAGCGUCUACUAGCUCUGGAGGAGCAGUACAAGCGCGAAAAGCGGGCCGCCGAUCAAGAAUUUGAAGAGCAACGCAAGACCUACGAGGCCAGAAUUGAUGCGUUGCAGAAGCAAGUGGAAGAACAGUCGAUGACCAUGUCGAUGUACAGCAGCUACAGUCCUGAAGACUUCCACCAGGAAGAGGACAUCUUUGUCAAUCCACUGUUUGAGUCCUGUUGGACAGCACGAGAAGCAGGACUCGCUGCCUGGGCCUUCCGCAAAUGGCGUUAUCAUCAGUUCACAUCGCUUCGUGACGAUCUGUGGGGCAAUGCAAUCUUCCUGAAGGAAGCUAAUGCGAUUUCAGUCGAAUUGAAGAAAAAGGUUCAAUUCCAAUUCACACUGCUGACCGAUACACUGUAUUCUCCGUUACCGCCGGAGUUAACACCCGCACCAGCAGUCGGUGCACUGACAAACGGUGGCCAGGAAGAUGAAUUCGGCCAGAAUCCGAUUCCGCGAACUACUGUGGCGGUUGAAGUGACCGAUACUAAGAACGGCGCUACCCACUACUGGAGUUUGGAGAAGUUGCGGUAUCGGUUGGAGCUGAUGCGACAAAUCUAUAACACCUCCGACACAUCUCCCGAGCUGAUGAGCUUCGUGCUCGAGCUGUCUAGUGGCGAGCACUCUCCCGAAUAUCCUGGCAUACAGUACCAAGCGUACGCUCGGGCGGAGCACCAAACUACCGAACAACCGAACCGAGAAGCAGCACAGCUGCUGACGGGGCUAGCAUCAAACUGUGAUGUUAGCAAUUGUCUGACCUCACCAACAACAUCGGUGUCAUCCACCGCAUCCUCUCCCUCCGGUUCCUGUGGCACUGCAUCACCACCAUCGCCGCCAUCCGUUAUCUAUGACGGCAGUAUCGCCGGAUCGCUCAACAGCGGCACGUUGGGCAAAGCAGGCACAAGGCUAACUCUGGCCAAUCUGAUGCCAUCUAGGCAACGUCUUGAAUUGAUGCGUGAGAUGUAUCACAAUGAAGCAGAGCUAAGCCCAACAUCACCAGACUACAAUGUGGAAAGUUUGACCGGGGGCGAUCCAUUCUACGAUCGUUUCCCAUGGUUCCGGAUGGUGGGACGAUCGUUUGUGUAUUUGAGCAACCUGCUCUAUCCGGUUCCGCUGGUCCACAAGGUGGCAAUCGUGAAUGAGCGUGGAGAUGUGCGCGGCUACCUGCGUGUUGCCGUUCAACCCGUGAUGGAUGAGGAAAAUGCUGACUUUAGCAACGGGGUGAAACAAUCCGCCCGCAUCCUAUUCGACGAGGAGCAGAACGGACAGCAUAAGGUGCCGAAGAUUCGCACCAUCCCCGAUAAGGAUGAAAAGUACAUCGAGGGAGGAAACGAAAUGGGCACCAAGCUGGAGGAAUUGGAGCAGGAAGAUGCGGACUCUGGACGUGGCGAUUCGAGCGUUGCUUCCGAGCUGCACGAAUCAAACGACCAGGAACCGGGCGAACAUUUGCAGCCGGGCAAAGAGUUUACCUUCCGCGUUACGGUACUGCAGGCUACAGGAAUUGCGGCCGAGUACGCUGAUAUAUUCUGUCAGUUUAACUUUUUGCAUCGACAUGAGGAAGCAUUCUCCACGGAACCGGUCAAGAACUCAGGAUCUGGAGCACCGCUUGGAUUCUAUCACGUACAAAAUAUCACAGUUCCGGUAACGAAAUCGUUCAUCGAAUAUCUGAAGACCCAACCGAUCGUUUUCAAGGUGUUCGGUCACUAUCAGCAUCACCCGUUGCACAAGGAUGCCAAGCAGGACUGCCAGAUCACGAGGCCCCCUCCACGGCGCAUGCUGCCGCCGAGUAUUCCCAUCAGCCAGCCGGUACGCAGUCCAAAGUUCGGUCCACUGCCGUGCCCACCGUCUUCGACGGUGCUGGCCAAGCACGACGUACUCGUAUGGUUCGAAAUCUGUGAGCUGGCUCCUAACGGCGAGUACGUACCGGCGGUCGUCGACCACAGUGACGAUCUGCCCUGCCGGGGACUGUUCCUGCUUCACCAGGGCAUUCAGCGACGCAUUCGUAUCACUAUCGUGCACGAACCGACACCCGAAGUAAAGUGGAAGGACAUUCGCGAGCUGGUUGUCGGACGCAUUCGCAACCAGCCGGAACCGGCCGACGAUGAGGAUUCGGACUCGUGCGUCCUGUCGUUGGGCUUGUUCCCGGGCGAGGUGUUGGAGGUGCCCGGAGAUGAUCGGUCGUUCUUCCGUUUCGAAGCUGCCUGGGACUCGAGUCUGCACAAUUCGGCUUUGCUCAACCGUGUCACACAAACGGGCGAACAGAUCUACAUUACGCUGAGUGCUUAUCUUGAGCUUGAUAACUGCGCUCGUCCAGCCAUCAUCACGAAGGAUCUCAGCAUGAUCAUCUACGGCCGUGACGCCCGCACUGGACCACGUUCGCUGAAACAUUUGUUCUCCGGCCAGUACCGCAAUCCGGAAGCGAAUCGCCUGUCGGGCGUGUAUGAACUAUCACUGAGAAGAGCUUCUGAAGCAGGUAGUCCAGGUGUCCAACGUCGUCAGCGUCGUGUGCUGGAUACGAGCUCUACCUAUGUGCGCGGUGAGGAGAAUCUGCAUGGCUGGCGCCCUCGCGGAGAUUCACUCAUCUUCGAUCACCAGUGGGAGCUGGAGAAGCUUACCCGCUUGGAAGAGGUUGGGCGCGUUAGACAUCUGCUGCUACUGCGCGAACGACUCGGCAUGGACACGACACCGAAUCCGACCACCAAAACCGAAAAGGACGUGUGCAAUUUGGCUCAGCGCGCUAGUGCAUCACCGGUACACAUGGUUAUUCCACCGUCGCCGCAAACGCCGGUCAAAGAUCAGCAGGCACCGGCAAUGCCGGAGCGUGAGCUGUCUGUCCGCGAAACCGAGCUGGUGUGGAAGUGUGUGAAGCUUAUUCAGGGUCGUAUCGGCUGCAAGGAGCUGGGCGCCGAGGGUAACGGUUCCGGAACGCAAGCGUCCGACGCUUCGCCGGGCGAUGAGGGCUGUGCCGAUAUGAACGCGAGCUACAUUUCGAGCAACUCGAUCGAGCUGUGCUCACCGGAACGUGUGGAUAUGCCGAACGGUUGGGAGGCACCGGCACCGGCUCCGCAAACGCAGGACCUGUCGCUUCGGCUGUACGUACCAGAGCUGGAGGAGAUUCGCGUCAGUCCGGUGGUAGCCCGCAAGGGCUAUCUGAACGUGCUCGAGCAUGGUGGUUCUGGCUGGAAGAAACGAUGGGUCACCGUGCGACGUCCGUACGUAUUCAUCUUCCGCUCCGACAAGGAUCCGGUAGAGCGCGCCGUCUUGAACCUUGCCACAGCGCAAGUAGAAUGCAGCGAAGAUCAAGCGGCGAUGGUGAAGGUUCCGAACACAUUUAGUGUUGUCACCAAACAUCGAGGAUAUUUGCUGCAAACACUCGGUGACAAGGAAGUGCAUGACUGGUUGUAUGCAAUCAAUCCCCUGCUGGCCGGGCAAAUUAGGUCUCGAUUGGCCAGGAAAAACAUUUCCAGCAUAAGCAGCACUGGAAGUGGUGCAGGCGAUCAGCAACAGGCGACGACGGGAGCGUCCGCACUGGCUGUAGCGGCCGCCCAGGGCAACGGAGGUGGCAGCAGUUCUGGAGGCAAAUGAGAUACAAUAACGAUGGAGUCCGUUCUAGUAUACUAAACUACUGCGCAACGGCUACUCCUAUACUGUCGCAGAAUGUAGAGCGACCAUAAACCAUGACCACCAUUAUUCCUAGAAAGGAUGAUCCAAGUUUGACGUGAUGCAAUCGCCACCACCAAGAAAACCAAAAUCAAACCAAAAUAAUUAGUAGUACUCGUUGUCGUUAACUCCUCCUCCCUCCUUCCCUCUCUCCACUUAGUUGUGUUGGUAGGUUUCGGUUUCGUGUUAAGAAAUUCAACAUCACAAAUAAGGAAGAAGAAAACACGCAGCCAGACAAACUAUGUCACGGUAUGUGUCAAGAACAUGUGAAGUUAGUUAGAAGAAGCGAGAACGGCAUGAGUGUACGUCAGAUGAUGAUGAUGUUUUGGAGUGCGUGGCAGGUUAGUUGAUUAUAGUUUACUUUAGCACUUCUCAUUAGUUGAUAGUUUAAUUUGUGAACGGUUCUUUUAAGAGCCGGCGUAAUUUUACUUUAUCGAAAAAGGAUACUGCUUAACGCUACAUGUAAGAUAGCAUGUUUUGUAUAUAUACAAAAGAAAAGGAAAACUAUUUUUAUCCCACAUAAAGCUAGAGGAUCAUUUUAUCCGCGUGUUCAGUUGCCUGUUUUGGAGCAAAGUUUAUUUAUCGUUUCACAUGUGAUCGGUAUGUGUAUCACGAACGAUACGGAGGGGGUUUAUGGUUAGAUCGCACUCAGGCAGGGUCUGGUGCUGUUUGCCGAUUUUUUUUUUAUUCUACAGAAUUUUCUCUAGAGAGACUGCAAUAAGGCUUACAAACUAGAAAGAUAGAACGGGCAAUGGGGAGGAGCAGCGAAGCUGUAACCUAACGCAUUGCCCUAGCGAAACCGCAAGAACCGACCACUUGGCUGUCGUGCUUGCGUAGCGUUGUGGUACGAAUUGUUGCUACAUUUAGAUAUCUGAUUUACUGUGCUUUUUGCAACACUUUUGUGACACUGUUGUUGGUGCUUUCUUUCUUUGCCAGUUUGGCUUGAGAUGAUGAUGGCGAGAAGGAAACGGCAUGUGUGUGUGUGUAGGCCAAGAGCAAUCGAAAUAUGAUAGUGGGAGCGAUGUGCAAGGCAGAGGACACCUACAUAAUACUUUCCGUUGGGCGAAUCCUAAAAGAAAACAUGGGAAAGAUAUUAAUCAAUAGAAUAGUUAAUGUUUAGUGCAAAAACAAGUGCGAAUAAACAAAAAACACACAUGGAACAGCUUACAAGGACGAGUACGAAGCGGUACGAAAAACGCAUAAACAAGAUAGUGGUUAAAGUGGCAAAGUUAAGCAUUGUCUGGAAGCAAAUACCGCAAGCAGAACAAAUUGAUAUAAGUGUAUUGACGAAGCAAAAGGAUCAACACUACUAGCAAACACAUUCUGAUAACACUCACACACAGAGUAUAGCGGCGUGAGACUACUGCGUUGGCUAUGCUCUUGUUGUGACCGGAUCAGAAUCUCUAUGCCAGCCACAAUGUUUGAAUCUCUGUAAAAGAUAAUCGUGUCGUGUACAUCUCUCUUCGCGUAAACAAGCGUUGGCAAGACGGGAAGGAGGAAAUAAAACAUACAAAACGAACUACUAUUUACAAGACAAAAAAGUCAGGCAGCAACCGCAACAAUACACGGCGCAAGCAUGCGAAGGGAAUAAAAUUCUACACAAUAUUAUUCAAUAAAACAUACCUACGGAACUACCAGUAGUAUAAAGAUAACAAAAAAAAAACACA